AUGCGUCGUGGACGGUCUUCGGGUGGUACCUCCACUCCGGUGUCUGCUAGCAAUAGUACAAGGCGAUCUACUAGAUCGUCUCUCUUGGCAAGCAACAAUUCCUCGCCGGCACCAUCAGUUACAGAGUCGACUACGAGCAAAACAACAACUCGUCUCAGUCGCAUCGCUACUAAAGCACCUCCCAGCGCAACUGUUUCAUCCGUCGCAACCCCCACAGAACUGACCUCAGACGAGGCCAGCGAUUUCACUCCUGCUACCAGCGUUGUGCCUACACCGCUAUCAACAGAGGCUGGAGACCUUAUUGGAAAGCGGACAACAUUCGUGAUUGAAGUUCCUACCUCCAAAGGCCGUGCCGACAGAGAUCGUGCCCUGCGCACAAGCAGCUUGUCCCUGAAUGCAAAGGGUAAGCGCCGUGCUGACCUUGUUCAAGACUCUGACGAUGAUGAUGCAUUCUCCGAUGAGUCGCCGGACGCCAAAGUCGCCCGAAGGCUACAAGAAGAGGAAUAUGCCAAGGCCCCUUUUUGGGGAGGUAGCUCUAUGUCCGACGGUGCUGUUGGGACCCCCAGAGCAAGCAUGCCAGCGAAGAGGGAGCGGGCGAAUACGGGAUCAAGCCGCCGAACAAAGAGGAGCAAAGUGAUACCCGAUUCUGAGGAUGGCUUGCCUUCGGAUACUGACAUGGAUACCGCAGUCGCUUCUGCGGGUUCUGCUACUGGCUUUCCUGACGAGGAAUCUGGCAGCAAGGAGCCGGAUGCAACAAUUGAGAUAUCGGACUCGGAUGACCUUAGCUCCCUUGAUGACUCUGUAUUCGAGGUCUCUAGUGACGACGAACCCCUAUCUAAGUCUAAAGGCAAACAGCGAACGCGCUCUGCUCCUCGUGUCGGCGAAUCCAGCGCCGCGAUCAGUCCACAUAUGCCCAGAACCCAUAGUCCCCCUUCUUCGCUGGAGACUUCGGACGAGGACUCUGCUUACGAGGAGUCGAUUGAACAACUCGCCGCUUCGAAUGAACACGCUCAACAGACUGAAAUGCGAGAAAUUGCCGCCUCUCGCAAGGCAUACAGGCGUGGAGACAAGCGUCGUGGUCGGUCCGAGCGUCUCCGCCUCGAGACUCAUCAUCCAGAGCUCGAAACCAUGUGGACUGAUCUCGAAAAUAUGCCAGAAAUAAAUGCGGGUAGGGCAGAGCAGCCGUCGACGAUCUCGCGUCGCCUCAAACCCUUCCAGCUUGAAGGUCUUGCUUGGAUGAAGGAGAUGGAAAAGCAAGAGUGGGGUGGCGGCCUCCUCGGCGACGAAAUGGGGUUGGGGAAGACGAUUCAGGCCGUAUCACUCAUCAUGUCUGAUUACCCUGCUAAGCAACCCAGUUUGGUGCUUGUACCCCCAGUUGCCUUGAUGCAGUGGCAGUCAGAGAUCAAAUCUUACACCGAUGGAACACUCAAGACAUUCGUCUUUCACGGUACGAAUACCAAGACAAAGGGAAUUCAAGUUAAAGACUUGAAGAAGUACGACGUGAUUAUGAUGUCGUACAACAGUCUGGAGUCCAUGUAUCGAAAGCAGGAACGUGGCUUCAAGCGCAAGGAGGGACUCUACAAGGAGGAAAGUGUGAUUCAUGCCAUCAACUUUCAUCGUAUUAUUCUGGACGAAGCCCAUUGCAUCAAGACACGAACAACGAUGACGGCUAAGGCAUGCUUUGCACUGAAAACUAAUUAUCGUUGGUGUUUGACUGGCACUCCGCUUCAGAACAGAAUCGGCGAGUUUUUUUCCCUCAUCAGGUUCCUCAAUAUCAAGCCCUUUGCAUCCUACCUGUGCAAGCAGUGCCCUUGCUCUACCUUGGAGUGGAGCAUGGACGUUGACCAUCGAUGUAAGAGUUGCGGCCACGGCGGUAUGCAGCACGUAUCCGUCUUCAACCAGGAACUUUUGAACCCGAUCCAAAAGUUUGGCAACUUUGGGCCCGGUCGCGAAGCGUUCCGCAAGCUUCGGCUGAUGACGAAGCGCAUUAUGCUUCGCCGUCUCAAAAAAGACCAUACCAAUGCGAUGGAGUUACCGGUCAAGGAAAUCUUUGUCAACCGUCAAUUCUUUGGCGAGGAGGAGAAUGAUUUCGCCGGCAGCAUCAUGACAAACGGCCGGCGCAAGUUUGAUACCUACGUUCAUCAAAAUAUCUUGCUCAACAAUUAUGCCAACAUCUUUGGUCUCAUCAUGCAGAUGCGUCAGGUUGCGGACCAUCCUGAUCUGCUUCUGAAGAAGAAUGCCGAGGGCGGCCAGAAUGUGCUCGUCUGCUGCAUUUGCGAUGAGCCGUCCGAAGAUACGGUGCGCAGUCGCUGCAAGCACGACUUUUGCCGCGCGUGUGUGGCCAGUUACAUACACUCAACUGACGAACCCGACUGUCCGCGCUGCCACAUUCCCCUGUCGAUUGACUUGGAGCAGCCCGAGAUUGAGCAGGACCUGUCCAUGGUGAAGAAGUCUUCAAUUAUCAAUCGUAUCAAGAUGGAGAAUUGGACGUCUUCCUCCAAGAUUGAGCUCUUGGUGCACGAGCUGCACAAACUCAGAUCGAAUAAUGCAUCGCACAAGUCAAUCAUCUUUUCGCAGUUUACAACGAUGCUGCAGCUCGUAGAGUGGCGAUUGCGCCGCGCUGGCAUCACGACGGUCAUGCUCGAUGGUAGCAUGACGCCCGCGCAGCGUCAGGCGUCGAUUGAGCACUUUAUGACCAACGUGGACGUGGAGUGUUUCCUCGUUUCACUGAAAGCCGGCGGCGUUGCACUUAACCUGACGGAAGCCUCGCGCGUCUUUAUUGUCGAUCCAUGGUGGAACCCUGCGGCCGAAUGGCAGUCAGCAGAUCGAUGCCACCGGAUCGGGCAGACGCGGCCGUGCACGAUCACGCGUCUGUGCAUCGAGGACUCGGUUGAGAGCCGGAUGGUGCUGAUUCAGGAAAAGAAGACGAGCAUGAUUCACUCGACGGUGAAUGGCGAUGACAAAGCGAUGGAGUCGCUAACCCCCGCGGACAUGCAGUUUUUGUUCCGUGGUAAUUAA